CCCACGUCAUAACUGUGCUGCGACCGAACUGCGCUAUUGCUUGAAAUAAUCGCGACGGUCUUGUGUUUUUAUUUUUGAUACGUCUCUUACAAAACGCAAUCAUGUCGACCGCUAUGAACUUUAGCAGUAAGUCUUUUCGGCCCCGUGCUCCAGACAAAGGAUCCUUCCCUCUGGAUCAUUUCGGAGAGUGUAAAGCAUUCAAAGAGAAAUUCAUGAAGUGCUUGAAAGACAACAGCUAUGAUAACUCCAUGUGUCGACUACAGUCCAAAGACUACCUUGAGUGCCGGAUGGAUAAUCAGCUGAUGGCCAAGGAACCUCUGGAGAAGCUAGGGUUCAAAGACCUGAUGGACAAACCCAGCCCGGAGAACAAGGAGGCUAAAGCCUAAACUUUCCUUCCUACACAGAUGGAUGCUGUCAUGCUUGAGUGAUAGUUUCUCUCUGCCACGUCUUGUAUAUACAAUUACAAUGUAAUAUAUUGGGGGCAGUGUUUCAAGCGUUGUGUGUAUAUAUAAAUAUUUUUGGGUAAAUUAACCGUGCUUUGUUUUGAGUUGGAAUCUUGACAAAUUAUUUAUCUGAGGUGGCUUCUCAGUUCUCAGUGGUAUGUUUCAAACUUGUGUCCACAUGGUACACAAAAGAUCUUCCCUCCGUCUAGCUAGCCUACGAGUAUGCAUUAUGAAUAAGGAAACGUUUGAAUACAUGCUUUGCUACACUUCAUCAAAGUGCCUUACUAACCACUCAAGGUACUAUGGAAUGUUGUAGUAUGGUGUGAAUGAGUCUGACGGAAACCAGUCAUACAUUGUUCCAAGACUCAUUAAUUUUAUUGUCAAGACAAAUAAAAAUCAGGCAGCACAUGUCAAGCUGCCCUCAAAUUAAAAACAGUUUAAUAGUUGCAUAUGAAAACAAAAAACACUCAAUCUAUGUACAAAACUAUAAAAGUUCCACAAAAAUGAGAAUUCUGUCAACCACCAUUCAGCUCUAUAGGACAAAUCGCAAUGGCUUGAGGGGGAGGGGGGUCAUUUCACUCCUCUUGACAGUGCUAGCUUGCCUCAGAUUGAUCCUAGCAACUGUUAUUAUACUUAUAGACCAAUAAAAUAUACUAUGGUGAGAGAAA